UUCUGCUCAGCUACCCUGCUGGGACAGCUAUUUUCAGCCCAUCAUGUGUCACACAAGCAGAGUGACAUUUCUCUCUUGUAUGGCUGAGAAUUGAAUUCAACACUAAGGCAAACAACUACAUUUCUCACACAGCUCUCGUGACCUGCCUGUGCAUCACCCGGCGCCACUCAGGGAAGAUGGCAGCUGUGGUCUGUGCGGGAUCGUUCUCAGGAAUCCGAGCUUUGUGGGAGGGAAGGAUCCAAAGACACCAGGAGGAGCUGAGAGUCGCCAGAGACGAACGAGUACAGAACACUGUAGGCGAAAUUUCUAAUGUGUGGGAAAGCCGGAUCCAUCUCUCCAGACUGAAGGAGAAAGUGCACAACGAGGAUGGGAGAGUCAUCCUGAGAAUUGAGAAGGAGGAAUGGAAGACGCUGCCUGCGUGCCUGCUGAAGAUCCACCACCUGCAAGAGUGGCACAUACACCGCGCCAGCCUGACAAUGAUACCCACCUUUAUUGCAAACUUCACCAACCUGCUCGUCCUGGACUUAUCACGAAAUACAAUUAGCAAGAUCCCCCGAGAGAUUGGCAGUCUCAUUAAGCUUCGUGAACUUCUGCUUAAUUAUAACCGGAUAUCGGAGAUCCCCCCUGAGCUCAGUUCCUGUCUGUGUCUGGAGAAGUUGGAACUAGCAGUUAACAACAGCAUAUGUGAGCUUCCAGCCCAGUUUGCUGCGCUGACCCACCUCACACACUUAGACCUGAGUAUGAACCAGUUUGUUUGCCUCCCUGGCGCAGUGCUGGAACUGUCGGCUCUAGAGUGGCUGGAUAUGGGAAGCAACAGACUGAAGCAGCUGCCCCAAGACAUAGACCGGAUGGAGAACCUACAUGCCUUGUGGCUACAGCGGAAUGAGAUCACCCAGAUCCCAGACUCCAUCGGUAACCUAAGGAACCUUAGCACUCUUGUAUUGAGCAACAAUCGUCUGCAAGGGAUCCCGGAGAGUUUACAGACCUUGGGCAGCCUCCGGUUUGUAAACUUCAGAGACAACCCCCUGCAGCUGGAUGUGUCACUGCCGCCGUGUGAGGAAGAGGAGCAGGAGCUGUUUGGGUUGGAGUUCAUGCAUGCUUAUAUCAAAGCAUCCGCAAGACACAGCGACACAGAAACGCCAUCUCCCAGAACCGAGUCACCUGUGCAGUAAAGUGUCGCUCUGGCUGAACCGGUUAUUUAUCCCUGAGGGGUCACAAUUGGCUCCUGGUGAGAAUGGAGGAUCACUCGCCCCCUAGUCCAUUUCGUCCGACAGAGUCACUGCAUCUACUUCUGUAAGACAAAGAUCUUGCAUCAUCCAGCUCAGUGUGCGCCCCUGAUAGUUACUGGGUUACAGCAGUGAGCAGCACGUUCUCCAGUGACACCCCAGGCUCUGUGUAACACCGGAGGGUGGCUGUGUAUCCUUUCCGGCUCAGGUAAUCCACACGCCCACGGUCUAUCAGCAGUUUACAAAGGCGCCCUAAAUUCUCCCUUUCUUGAACAGUGAAAACUCUAGAAGAGACGAGAGAACUUGUAAUAAAACCAAUGAGCUGCAUGAGGAUUAGGUCUGUGUUUCUAAACUUACCCUGCAGUAGGCUGGUUACACUCUCCUUCUCUUUGCUCCACACCAUGUUCCUCUUUGCCAUGUAGCCUCUCAGAGUGUGGUGUCCUCAUACCACAGGUUGCCCAGCUGGACAUACGUUGGAAGAUACUAAAUUCCCUGUGCCCAAUGCCCAACCUCUGGAAGUAGUCUCUCCCUACAUAGUGUUGCCAAUCGCAUCGGUGAUGACAGCACAGAGCAAUGGCGAUCCCCACCACUGGAGGGCACUGUGCACAUACUGGCUCUAGGUUUGAACCACCUGCUGAUGGGUCUAAUCUAUUUCGCUUUGCUGAGGGCUCCUCAUCUGGAGAGUAAUCCGGCACCAGGCAGCGCAGAGCGAGGUCUGCAACAUCAGAUAUCAGCAGAUUACAACAUUACACUAAUAGACUAACAGAGAAGCCACCCCGUCGUUAUCACUGCAAGACCAACCUGUUCCUGCUCCACACAAAUGUUUACCGAUUCCAACCAGUGGAAGCUGCUUCUGUAUGAGGCUGGGGAUCCGUUCUGAAGAGCAGAAAUGACACAAGUUACACAGUCACACCCUGACACUCUGAUGACGUCUAUCGCCUUACCUAAGCAAAGGUGCUGGAUGUCAAUAUGAAGCCGCUCAAACACAGAGUGCCUUAGCUUCCCGUCCACCUGCAAUAAACGUAUUAUAUUAAUAACCAGCUGCGUCAUGUCACAAAGCAAUAAACGUAUUAUAUUAAUAACCAGCUGCGUCAUGUCACAAAGCAAUAAACGUAUUAUAUUAAUAACCAGCUGCGUCAUCUCACAAAGCAAUAAACGUAUUAUAUUAAUAACCAGCUGCGUCAUCUCACAAAGCAAUAAAUGUAUUAUAUUAAUAACCAGCUGCGUCAUCUCACAAAGCAAUAAAUGUAUUAUAUUAAUAACCAGCUGCGUCAUGUCACAAAGCAAUAAAUGUAUUAUAUUAAUAACCAGCUGCGUCAUGUCACAAACCAAUAAAUGUAUUAUAUUAAUAACCAGCUGCGUCAUCUCACAAACCAAUAAAUGUAUUAUAUUAAUAA